CAAAACUUGCUAUGGAAAUCGAAGUUGAAGACCGCUCAAAACUUGUAGUAGAGAAAGGUCAGAAGGCCGUAUUUGGAAGAGGAAAUGGGUUCAACACCACCGACCCAACAGUGUCUCGCCGCCAGGUUUUGCUCGAACUCGAGCACAGAAACGCAAACCAAACAGAGCCCAGAAUCUCAUUCGAGGUUCUUGGGAGGAACCCCAUCUGGGUCCGUAGCCACAAAGAGGGGGAAGUCAGGGUUUUCAGAAGGUCGGAGAAGGGUGAGCUGGCCGCCGGUGAUUGGCUCUGCGUGUCGGGGAAGAGACCCAUUUGGUUUAAAGUGAGAAAUAUUGAGGAGGAAGAGGAAGAUAAGAGGAUUUCGGAGAGUGAGAGUGAAUUGGCUAAGGGUUUGAUAAAUGGGUCUGAAUGGGAAGGUGCUGAUGUUUCUGGCAUUGACCCUGUUAAAGAGUUUGGUUUUAUUGUAAUGGGGCAUGAGUUUGAUCAGUAUCCGAAGCAAAUGAUCCGCGAUAUAAAGAACUGGGACUGGUUUCUUGAGGAACCUAGAAAAGAAAGCGACGAUGAUGAAUAUGAAGGGAAGGGAAGGAGGGGUGGGAGAAGAAAGAGGAAAAAAGGUGAAGAAGACGACAAUGAAGAGUGGACAGGGGAUAGUGAAGUUGAUGCAGAGUUUGUUGCAAAACUUAGAAAGGUAAAUAAGCCAAAAUAUUCUACCAGAUCGAAGGCCCAUAAUGAACCUCAGAAGAAAGCAAAAGGUAGUAAAAGUUCUGUUCAGAAGAUGACUUCUGCUGCGGAUGAAGAGGGCAUAGACGAUGACGAUGAUGAAACACUUGGAGGCUUCAUUGUAGGGGAGGACGGCUUGGAAGACGAAGAAGACCCUGAUGGAACUGAUGAAUUUGAAGAAGAGGAGGAAUUUGUUGAAGAAGAUGAUGAUGAUGAAUGAGUGAAGUAGAUGAUUGUUGAUGCAUCUCUUAGGGAGGGGUCAUAUCUUAAAUUGCUCAACAACUCCAGAGUGGUAGCUAACUUAGCC